CCGAGAGGCAUGUGCUUGUUACCAUGGUAGCCAGAGCGUCUAGUGGCCGGCUGUAGACCCCAACAUCUCAAAGUAUUUCUGCGCGGCCCCGGUGCGGUGCCGCCUUAGAGCUGUGGUUUCGGUCUCCGAAGCCCAGCUGCGGUGCUUUGUGGGGAGGCGCGCGCCCACCCUGGGUCUUACUUUAGGGGCCCUCCCAUGGCUUCCCAGGAGAAGGUGGAGGCAGUGACCAAAGGAACGGGGCUCUGGAGUUGCCCCAAGCAGGGCACUUACACCCCUGGGACUUGUGAGCUCCUGAGAGUGAUGAUGAAGGACUCCAAACUGACUAAAUUCCAGCAGCGCCACAUCAUGGACACCAUGAAAAGAGGAAACACUCUGCCCCUACAGUGCAGCCCAACAUCCAGCCAGAGGGUCUUGCCCUCCAAGCCGCCAGCCUCGGCCAUCUACCUGCCUCCCAUCCUGGAGGCCCGGUCCCACCUCCGGCCUGCCAGCCUGUGCCAGGCCAACGGGGCCUACAGCCGGGAGCAGUUCAAGCCUCGAGCCACCCGAGAUCUGGAGAAGGAGAAGCAAAGGCUCCAAAACAUCUUUGCCACAGGGAAGGACAAACAGGAACGAAAAAGAAAACCCCCUCCCGUGCGACAGGCGAACCCAGCCCCGGAGCUGGAUAGGUUUGAAGAACUGGUGAAGGAAAUCCAGGAGAGGAAAGAGUUCCUGGCUGACAUGGAGGCCCUGGGACAGGGCAGACAGUACCGAGGGAUCAUCCUUGCCGAAAUCUCCCAGAAAGUACAGGAAAUGGAAGCCAUCGACCACAAGAGGAGUGAGGAACUUAGGAAGGCUCUCGCCACCACUUAGUCAUCUCCAGAGACGGGGGCGGAGGAGCCCAGCCUGGACCACUGGAGCCCACCCCCUUGCCGAGCAGGGCCAUCCUCAGGUUAGCCCACCCACCCUGGCUUCCAGCCAUGUCAAAUGGUUGGUCACACAGCAGUGCCCUGGCCUAGGGUGCCCCGGGCAGCUACAGCACCCUAGAAAAUGGACCACAUCAGAGAAUGAGCUGGUUCUCCUCGAGACUGGGUCAGCUGCGCCUGUGAGACCCCACAGUCACAGACACGAACACACACAUCGAGCCUGUUCUCGGGGAAAGAGCCAUACAUUGUGAAAACAAGGCCCUAGUCUCACGAUAUUGCGCGAGCGUCUCAAGGGCAUCCAGCAGGCCCUCUUCCCACAUCUCCACCCACUGCGUGUCCCCAUAUUUAGUUUUCUGAACUUAGGAGAGAAUGUGAUGCCUUUCUUCUUACCUACCUGCCUUAGGACCUACUUAUUUGACUUCUUAUAGCCUUAGGCAAAUGUUUAACUACUGUGAUUAAUUGGCCAAUAAAACGCAUUUAACAUA